GUCAGGCCGGCGCUUUAUAGAGGCAGCCUGGGCGGCGCCGCUGGCUGUUUUUCCUCUUCUCUGGGUUUGUGGCUCUUUCCGUGCUUCGCGAAGAUGCAGCUCAAACCGAUGGAGAUUAACCCCGAGAUGCUGAACAAAGUGCUGGCCCGGCUGGGAGUCGCCGGCCAGUGGCGCUUCGUGGACGUGCUGGGACUGGAGGAGGAGGCUUUGAGCUCAGUGCCUGCGCCUGCCUGCGCGCUGCUGCUGCUGUUUCCCCUCACCGCCCAGCAUGAGAACUUCAGGAAAAAACAGAUUGAAGAACUGAAGGGACAAGAAGUCAGCCCUAAAGUGUAUUUCAUGAAGCAGACCAUUGGAAACUCCUGUGGCACCAUUGGACUUAUACACGCGGUAGCCAAUAAUCAAGACAAACUGGAAUUUGAGGAUGGGUCAGUCCUGAGACAGUUUCUUUCUGAAACGGAGAAGUUGUCCCCUGAAGACAGAGCAAAAUGCUUUGAAAAGAAUGAGGCCAUUCAGGCAGCCCAUGAUGCCGUGGCACAGGAAGGCCAAUGUCGGGUAGAUGACAAAGUGAACUUCCAUUUUAUUCUGUUUAACAACGUGGAUGGCCACCUCUAUGAACUUGAUGGACGGCUGCCUUUCCCAGUGAACCACGGCACCAGCUCAGAGGACUUGCUGCUGCAGGACGCCGCCAAGGUCUGCCGAGAAUUCACUGAGCGUGAGCAAGGGGACGUGCGCUUUUCUGCCGUGGCCCUCUGCAAGGCCGCCUAAUGCACUACGGGAAGGGACUACGCUUCUCCCCACUCUGCCCUUCACUAUGAAAAUCUACCCCUACCAGUGCAGUCUUAAAAUGCUUCAGUACUUGUAGAACACAGCUGUUCUUCUUUGGUUCGGCAGAUAGGCUCUUACCCUCAACCACACCCAAGUGUUAGCAGAUAACAGAGCUCAGCUGUCGAUUGAGCAAAGUGUGGUGUGUGCUUCACGUGGCGAAGCAUUUCCCCCCAUUAUAUGUCUUGUACUUCAAUAUCUAAUGCUUUAAAUGGCUACUUUGGUUUGUGUCUGUAAGUUAAGGCCUUGGAUGUGGUUUAAACUGUUCGUCCUUAAAAGAAAUAAAACUUUUCUGCUGAUAAGA